AGGAGGAAGGCGGGGAGGGAGAGCUGAAGUACUCUCAGAGCGGUCAGACACUGAGGGAAACACUGAUCUGAUCACAUGGAGGACAGACACACAGCCAGAGACGGCAGGAAACACCUGAGCUAUCCUCAGCUGGAUUGUGAGACGUAUGGAGGACGUGUUUCCAGCGGAGAGGACAGGAAGCUGUGGCCCAGACCUCUGGCUCAGAAGUGGACGGUGGUGCUGUUUUGGGGAACGUGCCUGCUGUACUGCGCCCGCAUGGCGAUGCCCAUCUGCUCCGUGUCCAUGGCCGCCUCCUUCCACUGGAGCAAGAUCGACUCGGGUCUGGUGCUGGGGGGAUUCUUCUGGGGCUACUGCUUCACUCAGAUCCUGGGAGGACACAUCAGUGACAAGGUGGGAGGGGAGCGCGUCCUCUUCAUCUCGGCCGCCUCCUGGUCUCUGAUCACAGCUGUGACUCCUCUGCUGGCUCACUUAGGAUCUCACACCCUCGCUCUCAUGACCCUCGCCAGGUUCCUCAUGGGACUCACACAGG